AUGAUUGACAUUGACACGACCACACCCAUCCGUAUUGGCGAGUCGCUGAUGAACGAAAGAGUGACACAGGUCGAGUGUGGCAGCUACCACUGCAUCGCUGUCACGAGUGAUGGUAAUGUUUAUGGAUGGGGAUUGAACGAUUACAACCAAAUUUGUACAGAGAAAAAAGCAACCGAUUCAGUCCCCGUCCCCAUCAACCUUCGUAUCCUUGUCGGUGCCGACGGGUCGCCCAUCAAAAGAAUCGCCGCUGGUGGUCGAUCGUCGAUGGCGCUUCGUUUCUACCCCUCGAUCGUCACUGUCAGACCAUCAACCUACAAGGACGACAUUGAAGCAAUAUACACCUCCAACAGUUGCACCGACUGUGAGGUGGUUCUCACAUCCAACAAACAACAGCAAUCAGUCGACGUGGAAACAACAGUUCCCACACUAUCACACAAACUAUUCCUCGCUAGAUCACCAUACUUUUUAGAACCAUUGGAUGGUGGAUCAAAUAUUAUCGAUAUUUCCAAAGACCAUUUCGAAAAUAUUAAAAGAUUAAAUGAAUAUUUAAAAUCUUUAUAUAAUGAUUUUGAUGAUUUAACUUUACCAAAUCAUUUAUUCCUUUUUGUAAAUAAUCCCUUAUAUUCUGAUGUAAAGAUAUGUGUAUCCAGCAAUGUAAAUGACCAUGAGCCUACCAGCGCCACUUUUUCAGCACAUAAAUGUGUUCUUGUCAAUCGUUCACCAAAACUUAAAAACCAAUUGGAAUCAAACUUUCAAGAGGGUAUUAAUAAUACCAUUUACAUACACGAUUCCGAUCCCGAUGCCUAUUUAACUUUUCUCCAUUAUUUGUAUACUGAUAGAUUAAAUAUUAAUAAUGAUAAUGCCAUUGAUUUAUUAUUUUUGGCUCAUUCUGAAAAUAUUGAUCGAUUUAUUGAUUUGGUUGUAGAGUAUUUAAUAUCUGGAAUUGAGGAUGACAAUGUUUCAAUCUUUUAUGAUAUUGCAUCAUCUUUAAAUAUUAAAACAUUUGUUGACCAAUGUGUGUAUUAUAUUGCAAAGAAUAUCCAAACGGUAUCACAAACCGAUUCAUACAAAAGUCUAGGUCUUGAGAAACGACUUAAAUCAAUUAAUGUUAGCCUUCCAGAGAAGGCAUCAAAGGAAAAAGGAUCAUGUUCAAUGAUGUAA